UCUGCUGUAGUAUCAGAUGAGCCUGCUGAGCCUGUAAAGGAAAACCACAUAACAGAUGUAACAGUCUCAGAAGUAGCAGCUGCCCCAGUCUCACCCACUCCACAACAGGAAGAACAGCCUGCAAAUGAGAAAACCCUUGGGACUCCAGACUUCACUGCUAUGUCUGCUGCAGCUCAGCUUGAAGAUACUGGGGACGAUAGUGACUCUAAGAAGAAUAUUCCCGACUUCUUCCAGUCACCUAAGGGAAAAGGAAAGAAACCUGAAAUAGCAACAGUUAUUGCCCCUUAUCAGGCUACAAGUUCAGAACAACUCAGCCUGCAGAGGGGCCAGUUAAUAAUGAUUCGAAAGAAGACAACAACUGGUUGGUGGGAAGGUGAAUUGCAAGCAAAGGGCAAAAAAAGACAAAUUGGCUGGUUCCCUGCCUCAUAUGUAAAAUUACUAGGAGGUAGUAACAAAGGGACACCUGUAAAGCAGGAGGAUACAUCAUUGCAGCAGCAACAACAACAACAACAACAACAACCUGCUCAAGAGGCAUCACAGCCUGCAACAG